AUGGAUGCAGUUCGUAGUCGCUUACUAUAUCCGGCAGGUCUCCCAGGAGUGCUUCAGACGUUACGGACACUGUUUGGACGACCGGAGAUAAUUAUACACACACUCGCGUACAAGAUUCGUAGCAUGCCGUCGCCGAAAACUGAAAAACUUUCAACGCUUAUUGAUUUCGGCGUGGCUGUUCAAAAUAUGUGCGCUACCAUCAAGGCCUGUGGACUCGACGAACAGCUAUACAACGUAGCGUUACUGCAGGAAUUAGUCGACCGACUGCCAUCGACAAUUAAGCUCAACUGGGCAUUACACCGCCAAACUCUUCAGACCGUUACAUUAUCGAAUUUCUCGGAUUGGUUGGAGAUGUUAGUGAAUGCCGCUUGUACUGUGACUAUCCCAAGUAGUUCAACGUUUCAUCCUGUAAAGAGUCGGGGACGAAGGGAGGACUUGAACAUCCAUAUAGAUUCUGAUUUAGAAGGUAAAACUACGUCGAAGACAGCACAGAAGCAUAUUGGGAAACUAUGUCUCAUUUGUCAAGGUAAAUGCAGUAGCGUCACCGUAUGUAAGGAAUUCCAACAGUUCGACGUUAGUAAACGUUGGGCAGCUUUAAAACAGCAUAAGCUGUGUCGAAAAUGCUUGAAGAAGCAUUUUGGUGCCUGCGAAGAAAGGAAUCCGUGUGGGAAAGAUGGAUGCUCAUACAUGCACCACACUAUGCUACAUGAUGACUCGAGGUAUCAAGCAAAAUUUCACUCGCCAACAACUCAAGAUGUAAAUAAUAACGAAAGUGGUUCAUCACAAAGCUGUAACACCCAUGUCAGCAAGAACGGAAAAACACUCUUCAGAUAUAUUCCAGUCAUACUCCACGGUCAUGGUGUCUCUGUCGAAACAUAUGCGUUUAUGGAUGAUGGGUCUUCGUCGACCUUUAUGGAGGAUAGUCUUCUCAAGGAGCUGAAAUUAAAAGGAAAAUCGGCCCCUCUGUGUCUCACCUGGACAGCUGAUCAACAUCGAGUGGAGAAGGAUUCAGUGAAACUGUCGUUGGAGAUUUCGGGAAUGGCAAAUAAAAACAAAAGAUACGAGCUGAAGAAAGUCCAUACUGUCCGUCGUCUGGCUCUACCGAAGCAAACCGUUGAUGUCGACACACUGGCUUCGGAAUACAAGUAUCUCGAAGGACUGCCUAUAGCUCCUUAUCGAAACGUUUCUCCUAGGAUACUUCUAGGGGUAGAUAGCUGUCGUCUGGGUUAUGCUCUGAACAGUCGUGAAGGAACCGACGGAGAGCCAAUUGCCAGUCGAACGCGUCUUGGUUGGGUGAUCUAUGGGCCAUGUUUCAAAGGUACCAAGGACUCUAAUCAGAUGUACUCUGCCCACCAUAGCUAUCACAUCUGUGCGUGUAGCGAGGAUCGUGACUCAGAACUGCAUACAUCGGUCAAAGACUACUUUGCUUUGGAGAGCAUAGGCGUAAAAUCAUUGGGCAAGCCACUGUUGUCUAAGGAUGAUGAACGAGCUGUUAAGUUACUGGAGUCAUACACCAAACCAAAAAAUAACCGGUAUGAAACUAGGCUUCUAUGGAAAUACGAGGAUGUCAAGCUACCACAAAGCAAACCGAUGGCGACAAAGAGACUACUGUGUCUAGAAAAGAAGCUGGAGAAAAACCCAGAGCUACUUAAAGCAUUCAACGAAAAGAUUUGCGAGUACGAGCGGAAAGGUUACACCAGGAAACUGUCAUCGGAAGAGAUCAAUGACCGACAUCCUCUGUCGUGGUACCUCCCAAUAUUCCCAGUGCAAAAUCCGAACAAACCGGAUAAAUUGCGUAUUGUUUGGGACGCCGCCGCAAAAGUUAACGGAUUGUCGCUGAACUCGGUUCUACUUAAAGGACCAGAUCUAUUAACGUCCAUCGUUUCAGUGCUCUACAAGUUUAGAGAGUUUAAAGUGGCAGUAGUCGGAGAUAUCGUCGAGAUGUUUCACCAGGUGUUGGUGAACCCAAUAGAUCAGCAUUCUUUAAAGUUUCUUUGGAGAAACUGCGACAAAUCACGGGAGCCGGAAGUGUACUCGAUGAUGGUGAUGAUCUUUGGCGCGUCGUGCUCACCAAGCUGUGCACAAUUUGUUAAAAACCUUAAUGCACAACGCUUCACAAGCCAAUUUUCAAGGGCAGUAGAAGCAAUAGUUGAGGAGCACUAUGUGGAUGAUAUGCUCACUAGUGUAGAGACAGUAGCUGAUGCAAAGGACUUGGUGAAACAAGUAGAAUACAUCCAUGCCCAGGCUGGAUUUCAAGUCCACAACUGGUUGUCAAACCGUAAAAGUGUUCUCGAAGUCGUAGGAGCCAAAAAUGCGAGCGAGAAAAGCCUCAACACUACAUCGGAACAUGCGUCCGAUAAAGGUCGACGGAUGGCGGAACUCGCCGAAUUGCCGACGGAUGGCGUGACUCGUUGGGAUGGCCGACGGGUGGAGCGAUGCGGAACUCGCAGGUUUGCCGAUGAAUUGUUCAGCCGACGAAUGUCGUGGCCGAUUGAAGGGCUGACGGAUGACGGAAUUCUUCAAAUUUCCGAUGGAGGGUUCGGCCGACUGAUGGCGCGAUUCGCCGGAAUGGCCGACGGAUGGCACGAUGCAUGGACUAUGGACUUGUCCAACGGACGGUAA